AUGCGGAGGUCCCAUCUCGCCUCAUCUCAAGAUGGCGGCCCAUGCAGAGGUCCCAUCACGCCUUGUCUCAAGAUGGUGACGCACAUGGAGGCCCCAUCUCACCUUGUCUCAAGAUGGCGACCCACCCAGAGGCCCCAUCUCACCUCGUCUCAAGAUGGCGGCCCACCUGGAGGUCCCAUCUCACCUCGUCUCAAGAUGGCGGCCCAUGCAGAGGUCCCAUCUCGCCUCGUCUCAAGAUGGCGGCCCACCCAGAGGCCCCAUCUCGCCUUGUCUCAAGAUGGCGGCCCACCUGGAGGCCCCAUCUCACCUCGUCUCAAGAUGGCGGCCCACCCAGAGGCCCCAUCUCACCUCAUCUCAAGAUGGCGGCCCACCCAGAGGCCCCAUCUCACCUCGUCUCAAGAUGGCGGCCCACCUGGAGGCCCCAUCUCGCCUCGUCUCAAGAUGGCAGCCGACCCAGAGGCCCCAUCUCACCUCGUCUCAAGAUGGCGGCCCACCUGGAGGUCCCAUCUCGCCUCGUCUCAAGAUGGCGGCCCACCCAGAGGCCCCAUCUCACCUCGUCUCAAGAUGGCGGCCCACCCGGAGGCCCCAUCUCACCUCGUCUCAAGAUGGCGGCCCACCCAGAGGCCCCAUCUCACCUCACCUCAAGAUGGCGGCCCACGUGGAGGCCCCAUCUCACCUCGUCUCAAGAUGGCGGCCCACCAGAGCCCCCACCCCACCUCGCACCCGCUGUGGGGUGGGGACAGAGGAGGCGUCGGCGCUGCCCCCCCACCUCCCCCCCAUUGCACACCCCAGGGCCACCCUUAG